CUGCUUCAGGAAUGAACUUUGACACCAUAACCAAUGGCGAAUGUGGAACCAUCUUCUAUAAGGCCCCAGAAUUAUUCCGUGGUCAAUACACAAGAUCAGUAGACUGGUGGGCACUGGGAGUGACCAUUUAUGAACUGCUCACUGGAAUCGUACCAUUUAAUGGAACAACUACACUUGAAAUUUAUGUAAUCAUCAAAAGCGAGGAGCCAAAAUAUCCAGAAGAUAUAACUGAGGAUACGCUCAGUAUAUUAGUAAAUCUCUUAAAGAAAGAUGCACAGCUUCGCCUUGGGACAGGUGAACAUGGUACAGAGGACGUGAAGAAGAGUCCAUUCUUUGAGGUAUGUUAUUCUGGUAUCCUGCAUGCCAGAUUCACUUAUUUUUGCUCAUACCCACUAUGAGCUAAUGAUUUUGUCUUUAU